UCCGGCCUCUGUCCCUUACCCCCCUUCCCUGGUCCCGGUCUCUCCUUCGGAAAGAUGUCGGACACGGCAGUAGCUGACACUCGGCGCCUUAACUCGAAGCCGCAGGACCUGACCGACGCUUAUGGGCCGCCAAGUAACUUCUUGGAGAUCGACAUCUUUAAUCCACAGACGGUGGGCGUGGGCCGCGCGCGCUUCACCACCUAUGAGGUUCGCAUGCGGACAAACCUACCUAUCUUCAAGCUGAAGGAGUCCUGUGUACGACGACGUUACAGUGACUUUGAGUGGCUAAAAAAUGAGCUGGAGCGAGAUAGUAAGAUUGUAGUACCACCACUGCCUGGGAAAGCCUUGAAGCGGCAGCUCCCUUUUCGAGGAGAUGAAGGGAUCUUUGAGGAGUCCUUCAUUGAAGAGAGGAGGCAGGGCCUCGAACAGUUUAUUAACAAAAUUGCUGGGCAUCCACUGGCUCAGAACGAACGCUGCCUACACAUGUUCCUGCAGGAGGAGGCAAUUGACAGGAACUACGUCCCCGGGAAGGUGACCAGGGUGAUGUCUAAAAGAAGACACGAAGCUGUAAUAACAUACAAAGCAGACUUGCCUUUAGGGAACGUUCUCCUUGGCUCUAGAUUCCAGACUUCAAUCUUUUCAUUCAGCUUACAUUUUAUGAGUACUUAUGCCAGGUAUUUUGUGAGACUUUGAGAUAAGAAGUUGGGUAAGAUUUAGUCCCUGUCCAGGAAGAUUUCAUAAUUUAGUGGGGAACACAAAAAUGUGAACAAAUAAUUACCAUAUUAUAAAGUGUAAGUACUAGAAUAGACGGGGGCCAUCAGAAAGUUCUCUCUAAUUGGAAUGGUACAUUUAUGAUGACAAAGUUGGAAAGGUAGGGUGGGAUCAGAUCAUGACUCAUGAAGUUUGGGCUUUAUCCUUGUAGACCAAUGUUUUCCAACUUCAUUUACUCAUAUUCUACCUUCUUCAUUUUAAUUUCUUAAAUUUAGGCAAUAAUAUCUUUGAAAUCAUGAGUUUAAUAUAUUUUAUUAUGAAUAUUAAAACAAGACUAUAUUAAUUUUUGUACCAACAGUGGUAUACUAUAACUGUUUAGAUAGAUAAUUCUGAGAGCAUCGUAUGAGAGAGAUUGGGUGAUGGAGUAAAACAGGAUUAUUUUAAAGGCUAUUGAAAUACUGAGAGAUGAUGAAGUCUUGAACUAAAAAAAAAGCUUUAUUGGCAGGGGUGGUAAAGAGGGGAAGGGAUAUAAAAGAGAUUUAGGAACUAGGAUAGACAGGACUGAGAAUUAAUUAGAGGAAGGUAGGGUAGGGAUAUUUAUGAACUAAAAUCUGGAUUUGGUAACUAAUUAAGUGGAAGAGUGGAAGAUUACAGAAAAGGAAGGAUCUAGAAUUACUUGCAGGUCUCUUGUCUUUUGAGUGAAUGAUGGUACCAAUUCACCAAAACAGAGAAGAACAAAAGUAGGUUUGAGGUGAAAAAUUUCCCUCAAAAAUUUAUUUAAUUGCAAUUUUCUUUUAAAUUAUAAAUACAGUAUGUUCUCACUGUAACAAGUGAAAUAAUCCAAAAAUACAAGAAGAUAAAGUUAAUAAUCUCUCCCCUUUCAUACCCCCCUCCCCUUCCAUUGUAACGUUGAGGGGACCAAUUUGUGUAGCCUUUCACACCUUCUUCAUGAGUGUGUAUGUUUAUACAUAUGUAUGUGUGUAUAGGUGUCUGUGUGU